AAAAAAUUUUCUGCACGCUGCAUGUAGAUUUGUACUUCAAUUUGAAGUCAUUACAGUAAGUUGGUCGUUGGUGAUCUGUCGCUUUUGGUGAAAAAAAUUUGUUCUAAGUUAAAUAUUGACCUGAUAUGUCUAAACGUGGAGCUGAAGUUGGAGAUGGUGAGUAAUUUUCUGAAGAUCUAAUUCGAGUUGUAAUGUAGUCAAAGAACAACAGUACUAUGCCCCAACUUGUGGUAGAAAUCUAGGAAUGAAAAAUGUUUUUCAACUAGCAAUUUGUAAUCUUAAUGUAGCUCGCGAGGUUGCCCUUAUCGUACAAACCCAGUGCUUUUUUUAUCCGUUUUUGUGGCACACAUACGUGAGGGAACAAAAGCAAAAGACAGUUGAGUCUUCGCUAUACUCUUUAGGAGAUGGUGGAAGAGUGUUCUUAAUAAGGAACCUGUAGCUCUUCUUCUGAAUAAGUCUUUUGACAGGACCUUUGGUUUAUGGUCAUCUAUAUGACUCGAAAAACAAUGUAGAAAUACUCGGUCCGUAUGUUCUCGUUAACUAGAAAUAUUUUUUUACUCGGAAAUGUGUUAUUUGAUGGGACAAGAUCAAUUAUUUUUAUUAAAACUUACGUUGUAAAGAUUUAAUUGACUGGAAGAACGCCAAAAAGUCGCAGGGUUUUUCUGUCUCAUUUUGAGACAUUGCUUGAAAGCUUCCAGAAAGUCGAAGAGAAAUCCAGAAUGAUGGUGAUCUAUGAUCCAACUCCUUUAAACUCUGCAGAAUAAUGAAUGCAUACCUCAGACAGUCUAGAAAAUCAGUACAAAGUAAUAUCUUGGUUUAUCUAAAUUCUGCAAUCCAAAUCUUUCUUUGCCUGCUCAAGCAGAUUCUACUAUUUUCCUUUCCUAUGUUAUGUUUUGCCUUGCAGUUGCUCAAUAAAUAUUUGCAUUUUAAUGCAAUGAUCUUUGUUUACAAGGUUUUCCCUUGUAUCUGACAACAAACUUCUAAACUUUUGUGCCUCAAAACCAUAUACCUCGCAAUACAUUUUUAUGCACCACAAGUUUUCUUGACUGAUUGAAAUUAAGGAUAUGUGGAAUGACUUCAACAAGUCUCCUUUCGUAAGGAAAGUACAAGAUUAUUUUUGUCUGCUAAAGUGUCACUGAUUGUUCCAGCAGCCAAUGUUUACAUUAGAUAAUUGAAUUUAAUCAGUCAGACUGUAACUAGCCUGGGUAAUUUUUAUGUGUGGCUUUUAAGGCUCAGGCAAGUUUGUUACAACUACUUACAAUAGUGUCAACAUCUUAAUGAGUGAGUGACUCGUUUGCUCAUGGGAGUUUCUGUGCUUUGGUAUCGCAGGUUAAAAUAUGCUAAUCAAAGGUUUCAUGGGGAAAAAAUAAAAUAGUGUAAUUUCCUCUGAUUCCUUUCCAAUUGUUGAAUAAGGAAACAUUAGGAUGUAUGUUGCUCACUAUUUGCCAUUAGCUGGAAGUGAACAAGUUAUGACCAAGUGUUUUGGUAGCCAGUUUGUUACUCUAUUGUGAUUCUGAUCAUGACAUGAUCUCAACCAGGUCCAGUUAAACUGAAUUUCUUUGAGACAAUUUGUCUUUUUUCUUCCUUAUUGAUUUCAUGACUGGUCUUUUUUACCUCAAACAUGGAUUCUUGGGCAGAUUCCUAGAUUUGCAUCUGUUUAGACAAUACAACUGGAUAGAGUAUUUCUUCUAAAAUCGAAUAAGAGCUGGCCUUCACAAUAUUUCAAGUGUAGGUUUGGUUUCAAAUCAUUUGAAUUUUUGUGACUACUGCCUCUAAUAGAAGGCAAAGCCGCAUGUGUCAUCAAGAUGAGUGAGUGAGUGAGUGUAACAAUAGAAUUCCGAUCUACUCAUGCCAUGACACUAUUGAAGACAGAAGAAGACAGUAAACAUCUUGCAAUCAUUUCAGAAUAACAUGGAAUUAAAAACAAAAGUUUUCCUUGCAGAAAUAUCUUAAUAGAUGUGAUCAGGGGGUAAUGAAACUUAAAGGAAUUUUUUUGCUAUGAAGAGAGAGCAUUUUACUGUUUAAAUCAGCAAAUUAUGCAGAUCUGAAGAUAUGAUCUAUUUAGUUCUUGCUGUGGCACUUCAAAUAUAAUAAACUUCUCAAAAUAAUUUCACAGUGGUAUCCACCUACACAUGUUUUAAAGCAAAACUUUCCUUGCAGAAAUAUCUCAAUAUAUGUAAUCUGCACAUCAUGGUAGCUUUGAGGAAGUUUUUUUCUUUGAAAAGAGAGAAUUUCACUAUUUGAAUCAGCAACUUAUGCUGAAAAGAGUCACUAAAUUUGCAAGCAAGCCAGCCACAAAAUACAAUACCAUGAGUUAUUCAACAUAAUCAUAGAAUGGAGGAACAGUGGAUCAGCAAAAUGAUGGAAUAUCUUAUAACAUAGAAUGACGGAAUGUCCUAAAGUGUGAAAUGCCUUUUUGUAUAGGGAAAAAAAAGUCUCAAAAAAGGAAUUGGAAUGAAAUAAGACAUUUAUUGAAAAUUAAGAGGCAAAAUUAUAUGAAGCACAGGUAAUCAUUGUUGGAGACCAGAGGAUUGGGGAACCAUCAGGCUUUCAAGCUAGCCUCUUUAUAUUACCAUUGUUAUCAUUGUUAUUAUUAUUGUUAAUGCUAUUAUUUGUUAACUUUCUCUUGUGGAAGAGUGUUCUUAUAAAUAUGUGGGGAGUAGCAAGUUUUCUGUUUUGCAUGUGAGACAAAUAUUCUGUAACACUACCUUCUAGUCUCAUACAACCUCUAAUUAUUUUCAAUGCUUUAAAAAUUGUGCUAUAUCAGUAGCCAUGUGAAGUCUUUGGCUGUGUAUUUUUUUAUUUUGUAUGCUUUAUAUAUUUAUCAUAAUAAUAAUUAUAAUAAUAAUACAAAAGUUUCUAUAGUGCCCUAUUCUAGAGCUCUAAGGUGCCUUACAAUAAAAUUUUUUAAGCAGUAACUUAGUAAAUAAAUUCGAAAAAUACUGGAGCAAAACUUUAAAUUAAAAUAGCACUUAAAAAGAUAAGUUUUAAGGUUGCUCUUAAAAGAUGUAAGAUUUAAACUACAUUUAUAUGCUCUGGAAGAUUAUUCCAAAGUUUAGGGAUGCAGACUGAAAAAAGCAUGAUCACCAUAAAAUUUUAACCUCAAUUUAGGUGUCACUAACAAGUUCAUGGUUGAUGAUCGUAAAUUCCUAGAUGGCUUAUUUGAUGGUUUGUAAACUUUUUAAGUCAAGUCAAAGUAAUUUUGUUUUGUUUUGUUUGUUUGUUUGUUUGUUUGUUUUUGUAGUUCCAAAUGAGGAAGGAAUGGAUAUAACAACGGCUGAUUCAGAACCAAUGUUGAGGAGAGGUGAUGUCGGUUAUGAAGAACAAGUGAGUGAAAUACAAAGGAAAGUGUUGCACAGGCGCUAUACUGGCAUUGCACAAGACCUUGACAACUCAUCAUUCUUUAGUUAUGACACUGAAGCAACAACAACUCCAAGAUGUGGUAUGUGAUACAAUGCAAUUACUCACCUGUGAAAUUUGAGUGCAUUGAAGUUGGCUAAUGCAAUGUUACGGUCUUAUCUCAAAUUACUUGUUCUUUUUUUUCAGUAAAAGUUCUUCAGAACAUAGAUAUGGCUACAGCUGGUGCAGCCACGAGAGCAGAAGUGAGUAGGAUUGUAGGUGGUGGAGAUUCCACAAAUUAGCUCCCAAUCAAUUGUUUUUAGGUCUUAUUAGAAUUUGAACUGUUAGUUUUGUGUAGGGAGGAAAAGCAGACAACCUUGAGAAAAAAACCUCUGAGCAAGGACCAGUACCAACAUAAAAUUCUACCCAUGACACUGUGUCUAUGAAAUGAUCUUGGGCCCCAGAAAUGGAAAGGAAAGUGCACUCAAAGCUACACCGUCUCACUUCCCUGUUCCUUCCACCCCCACAAGGGGUGUGAAUACAUACAAGCAACUUGUCAGGGAAGCCCAAAAAUUUAAAUUUUUGGGUUAAUCUGUUGCUGAGUUGCAUUAUGUCUAGGGUGUUGGGAUAAUCUCCUCACACUACUGAAGUCAGAAGUGUGUCAGUCCUGUCUUAAGGCAUGACUCAAAGUGUGUUGGAAUGGUUCUUUUAGGGAAAUUAAAGGAGGGAUUAAUCACAAAUAUUUUGGCUGUCACUAGUAAUGGAUGUUAUGCUAAGACACAUGUAUUAUUUCUGUUGGGAACAGGAAUUUGAAGAAUCAGAGGUGGUGGAUGAUUCAGGAUACAUAUAUGUUAUUAGAGAGCAGUUAGGAAGGAAACGUUCAUUUGACCAGAUUGCAACAUAUCGAGAGUUGAAAAGCAGCGAGAGCCCAGUGAAAAUGUCGCUAUCAUCGAUGAAUGGUCCUGCUCAACCAAGCCCUGAAAAGCUUCCUGUUGUAAUUGCUUCACAUGAUGGUCUUUCCGAAAACAUUUCAAGUGAUUUGAAUUUGGUGUCAGGGUGGGCUGAAAAAAGUGCUGAGAAAAGUGAUGUUGAGUUAUCAAAUGAAAGACCACUCAUGAAUGUGCAGCAAGAACUUGGGGUGCCAAGUAAUACAAUAUUAUUCAAGCAUAGUCCAUUACAACAGCCUCCUCAAAUGGGUAGGUGUCAACAAAACAAUGUUUCCUGUUUGCAUUUAUGAAUAAUUUUGGUCUGUACAGUGAUGGGUGGCAGCAAAUUUUCUUAGAUUGUACUGUCAAAGGGGAGUGGCAUUGUUGCAAAUGGCUUCAAGACUGCUGAUUUUGUGUAGCUUUACAAACCAGUCUACUAUACAUACCUAACCUCUAUUCUUGACUAUUAGAUAUGCAAUCCAUUGACAAACAUUUUUUUCUUAAUUAGAAGCUGAAUGUAAAAGAAAUUUACUUAUGUUGUCAAUGAUGCACUGUGCAACAAAGUAACUUUUUUAUAUACUUUGUUUGUAAUCUUGAUUAGAGAAAGAGAAAAUGUUAUUUAUAGUUUAUUAAGUUGUUCUUCUUGUAUGAAGGAGGAAUCCUGUUUUUUUUGUUUCCUACCACUAAAGGGAUUCCUGUUGCUCCAGCACCUACAGGUGGAAAUAAUGCCUUAAACACAGUACCUGCUCAACAAUGCUUAGAGAUGCCACUUUUUCCUGCCUCUAACAGUCCAGGGUUGCAAUCAGUGCCACAAGCUUCAACAUUUCCCCAUCAGCUUCAGAGGUUACAUAUUUCAAGUGCAUCUUCUCAGCAACCACAGAACAUAGUUACUUCAGAGGCAUCGACUUUAGGAAGUUCUAAGGCCGUAACAACUUUGGACAUCACGGAAAUAUCUCAACAGUUGUCUUGGACAGAGGUAGAAGGUGACAGAAAUGAUUUAGAAGGGGGCCAUCAGGAAACAGAGAACUUCAAAUCUCCUGAUCUGGAAGAGCCUAAUGUUGAGAAAACUGACCCUUCCCAAGUUGCAGGGAAAGAGUCAGCAGGUGAAGCAAGCCUUGGAUCCAGACGUAAUUAAAAAACUUUUCUUUAAUCUUUUUUUUCUGUUACCAUCACUGAAGGAACACUUCUAUUCAGGGAAAAUUUUCUCUGGUUUUUAGCUUGUCCCCUGAGUAGAGGUUCCCCUGUAUCUGUUACCUUCAUUAAAGAAAGGCCCUUCUUUUGGGGACACUUUUUGUGGUUUUUAUUUGUCCCCUGAAUAAAGGUUCCACUGAAGCUGUUCCUUCACUGAUGGAGUACCUCUAUCUACGGGGCUCUUACUAGUCCUGAGGUUGUCCCUAGGAUGAGGUUCUGCUUUAUAAGUUUACAAAGCCAUAUCAACUGUUCUUUGCAGUGUCUGUAAAACCUGAGUAGGCCUUUGAGGUUCAUUCUUCUAUAAAAAGGGCUGAAGAGGAGUGUCUGUAAAACUUGAGUUAGUUUUUGAAAUAUCCUGCUAACACCGACUUAACCAAUUAACUUUUAUAUGGUUUUAGAUAUUUUGGAAAUCCGCCCAAGUGAAGAGCCUAUUGAGGUGAAUGAUUUUGUUUUUCAUAGUUGUGUACCUCCUGUUUGCGCUUGAACUUGAAUUGAAUAUAUACUUUUCCGAACAUUUAAUUGUCUUUCAAGUUUGUGAGUUUGCAUUCAUAGGGUUGCCACUAAAAAUAAAAGUAUGUUCUAGAAACCAUCUGAGGUGUAUCCUCCUUUUUAAACUUGGCUAUCUAAGAUAAAUUUAACCGGUGGCAUGCAUUUCUUUCAGGGUGGAUCGCCAUUUGUCCUAGUUUUUGGGCAGGCUCUUCCACCAGAAGUAAAGUCUGCCAGGGCAGAAUUUGGAGAGAAGGCUGAUGCUGACUUGGAAAGAAUUAAUGAUUUUAAUUUGAAAGGUCGAAUUCCGGGUAAGUCUUUUAUGACUUAAAUACUAAAAAAAAAUUUAUACUUCCUUUUUUCGCGUACGUUUGCAUUUUACUGUAUGUUUUCAAUUUUGUGCCUCAGCAUCUGAUAAGCCUGGCAAAGUAACUGUUACAGUGUAUUCUUCGACUGGAGGAAUUCUUGGAAAGACUGAUUUCGACUAUUACGAUCAAGGUCAAAAAACACUGUUACGACUGGUUAAAGAUCCAAAAUUACAAAGUGAGUUUUUCUACCUUUGGGCUGAUUUUAUGGUUGAUAAAACGAAGAGAAGUGAAGGACAAGAUUUAUCGGAACCUUUGGCAGGUACGUUCUUGUAACUAUUUUGAAACACUUCUAGUUCGCGAUCAUACUGUUAAGCUUGAAAGUUUUUUUUAAAUUUUUUUUCAAAACACGACGAGUUUAAAAAAAUCGUCUUACGCCCUUGUAGCGGCCAUCUUAGGGACAAAAGACAGAGGCUGCUGUUUUUUUUUUGUUUUUUUGUUUUUUUGGUACCAAACUCUCUCUUACUUCCUCUCCAAACAUUCUUCUGUAAAAUCAUUGCAAGGGUGAAUACCCUUGUAAUAAUUUCUUAUCGUCUGUCUCACGAUGAAGUCAUUUGCAAUGUGAAUCACAAGGUUUCGACUGCAUCUUGCUAAUCUUUUUUAGGCGAUAAAGGUUCGGUACGUGUUUCCUCAGGACCUUCCUGCACUGGAUAUAUGGGUGAUGAGGAGUCAUUGUCUAGUAAAUCUUCUGGUUCCGAAAGCUCUUUUUCUGAAGACAAUUCUUCAACGGCUUCGAGUGAAGGUACCCUAUUUUUGUCAUCCUGAAUACUUACAUCUACUUAAAUUUCAGAAUGUUUUAUUUUUUCCUCAGGACCUUCCUGCACUGGAUAUAUGGGUGAUGAGGAGUCAUUGUCUAGUAAAUCUUCUGGUUCCGAAAGCUCUUUUUCUGAAGACAAUUCUUCAACGGCUUCGAGUGAAGGUACCCUAUUUUUGUCAUCCUGAAUACUUACAUCUACUUAAAUUUCAGAAUGUUUUAUCAUGAUUUAACAAAAUUUUAACAAAAUUUUAACAAAAUUCGUAGGUGGUUGUUUAUUUUGAGAGGCACCAAUAAAAAAAUGUACACGUUGUGUUCUUACAGAAAUCGGACAGUGAACUCUGUUGAGUGCGCUGUUAUGUAGACUAUUGGAUUCAUUUUCUAUAGUUAAAAAGGGAAUUGCGUCAUUAUUUAUCCACACCUUUAAGUGAUGAGUAUUUUGUCUUCAAGCAUUUGUCACAGUGUUAAAGAUUAAUUGAACUUUUUGUUGAUCGAGUCAGUCUAAUCACACUUGUGAUACGAAAGUAAAUGAAACUCCCGCUCCUAAGGAGUCCGAUUUCGUCUGUCACUCGUUUAAUUACGGACCGAAUUGUACUCUGCAUGGAUUUAACACCACUAUGAAUUGUACUCUAUGUGAAAAUUCUACAAUAUUACUAAUGGAUCACAUUAAAAUGAGAUGAAUCACAUUUUAACUUACAAGUAACGCAAAGACUUGCAAGUGAAGUGUUAUUAAACUGAGAAAGUGCAAAAUUACCACGCGUCGAAGCAUGUGCUUAAGUUGUUAGUGGUGCCCAAGAAGAAAUAUUUUUGGUAUUUUAGAGAACGUUUCAAGUAAGUGUCUUAAAAUCAAACCCUCAGUAAUAACAAUCAACCAACCAAAGCAAAGGAAACAUGACAAGGAGUCAGUGCUAUUUAAUAGGUUGCAAUCCUAUACGUUUAAAUUUGUCACUGUACAUUUUUUCGACCCCAAAUUUCCUCACGUAUAUUUUGGUAAUUACAAAUUGAAACUUUGUUGAAAAAAAAUUAAAUUUUGUAUAAAUUUGCUUGUAAAAUCGAAGAGUUGAUUCGAAGGGCUUCAUUGAAACACACAUGAAUGACUUAUCUUUCAAGAACUUUGAAAAUAUUCUUCAUGAACACAAUUCUCACCAAAAAAUUUCAACAUCUCUUCUGUUUCAAAUUUUUAACAGAUUUAGAUGAAAACCCCACAUCAGAGGAGUGUUGUGGCCCUGAGGGUGUCGCGAAAUAUGAAGGAAAAAACGAAGCGGAAGAAGAAUCUUUGACGAAAAUUAGCACGGAUCUUGUUGGUGAAGACCUUAUUAGGCUCGAAUCAAAGCCCAAAGUCAAUGAGCAGGAGAGAGGAGGAAGUAGCAGAAAAGAAGAAUUUUUUCCAGGUAACAAACAUCGGCGACAAUACUACUACAAUAGUUUUUUCUGUUGAUUGAGGCAAAGAGGGAGCAAAUAAGAGGACGCCUCAUGCUGCUGAUAUGAAGGUUUACAAGUAACUUGAUUAAUUGGUGAAAAGGUCUGUCACUAAAUGUGGCUUUCAAAGACAACCCCAAAGUUUUCUUUUUUUCUUUGGUUCGGUAAGAAGUGAUUUUUUUAAGGUAAACAGUUUUGACGGCGCAUGAAGUUGAUUAACUUUUAAGUAGAAUUGCGUGUGUGUGUCAAGUAAAGAAUUUCUGAUUUUCGCUGGCUUAAUUCCUUUUUUCUUUUUUUUUCCACUUUACCAGGUGAACACGAGCGAGAUGUUGGUAACUUGUGUAGCAUUGCGCGAGAGUCGCGAAGGCAGAAUAUUCAGCAACAAAAUUCCGGUUGUAACUUUGAUCAGAGUUCAAUUGCUGAGAAGACCAGACGUGCUAAAGAGAGAAACAAUGAGGAGGAAACAGGCGAUUUGAAUGGAGCUCCCUUAUGGCAGAAACAGAAUAAACCAACUAUUUAACGACAUUAACAGUUAGCAACCCAUUGAUGAAAAAACAAUCAACAGCAAAGACGAAUACCUGUGUGGAGAGGGUUUGGCGAAGAUUAGUUGCAAAAAUUUAGUAUUACAUCAAGACAACUUCCACUCGUUUAGUUUGAUUAUUCUCAUAACCAGUUUAUUGGAUUUCAUAAUGUGGAAAACAUCUGAAAAUCAGGUUUUAUUUAAAAAAACGAAAUUCCUCGCUUGCUUGUGUAACGAUAGGAUUUUUAGUUAUCAAGUUUGUAUGCUAGCGCUUAAAAAAAUAUAUAAAAUCCAACGUAGAAACUGCGAGAUUUUACUAAGUUCAGCAUGCAUAGAUGAUACUGGUCUUAAUACAGUCAGUCUUAAACAGUUGGUAUUAGAUCAUGUCUGUAACUAGUGUUAAACUGUAACCGUCUCCAGUCAUGAUCCUUCGUGUAGUUGUUAUCCACCUGAGCUAUUUGAAAGGGAUUAAUCUUGUAAAAGGGGGAAUUCGUAAUUAACCAAUCGUUGUAUUAGAUUACGUGAUCCUUUAGAUAAUUCAUAGCAUUACCUGAUCUUUUGUACCUUAGGCUUAAAUAGAGCUUUCUUCGGGAGUAUCAUGGGACAGUAAAAUAGUGAAAAAGGAAACCAGUCAGCUUUGUGGUGCGUAUAGAAUAAAUCUACGUUGGAGCC